AGUUCUGGAGUUGGGGAGGCUGGGGCCGCAAGAACCUUGACCCUUUCCAGAGUGACCUGGAGGGAAGAGGCGAGGGGAGGGAGAGCCAGGGGAGGGACAAGUGACGCCCGGGAGCGGGGCGUGGGGGAGGGCAGCGAUCCGGGUGGAGGAAAUUUGGGAGGAGUGUCCGGGGGGCAGCAACUUGAAAGGGGGAGGGAACUUCGCUGAGGAGACGUUCGGUGAUGGGAGCGCAAUGUAUGAGGGGAUACGGUGCCUCAGGUUUAAAAGAGCAGGAAGCUGAGUGAGAGGGUGCAGAAAGUGCCUUCGCUAGGCGGAGGUUACAGGUGGUGCCUCAGAGCGCUACUCUGAGGUUGCAGCCCGCCGGACUCCGGAGAGGAUCGGAGAACGGAGUGAAAGGGACAGUUUAGGAGCUAGAGUCCGGAGACGAGGGAGAAGUUCGUGACUUUCUGAGAACUGGAAAGAAUGUGUUUCCCCCCUUGGGGGAGGCAUGGUGAGGGACUGUGGCAGGCUCCACUGAUUGCUGAGCUGCAGAGGUUCGACCCCACGUAUGGAUCCAGGGAAUAAGAAGUCAGCCACAGGGGCUGCCGCGAUCCUAGACCUCGAUCCCGACUUCGAACCCCAGAGCCGUCCGCGAUCCUGCACCUGGCCCCUUCCUCGACCAGACCUCGCUACGGAGCCACACGAACCGUCCGAGGUGGAGCCCAGUCUGGGACAGAAGGUACCCACGGAGGGACACUCCGAACCGAUCCUGUUGCCCUCUCGGCUCCCAGAGCCGGCAGGGGGCCCCCAGCCGGGAAUCCUGGGGGCUGUAACAGGUCCUCGGAAGGGAGGCUCCCGCCGGAAUGCCUGGGGAAAUCAGUCAUAUGCAGAACUCAUCAGCCAGGCCAUUGAAAGCGCCCCGGAGAAGCGGCUGACACUCGCCCAGAUCUACGAAUGGAUGGUCCGCACGGUGCCCUACUUCAAGGACAAGGGUGACAGCAACAGCUCGGCAGGAUGGAAGAACUCCAUCCGUCACAACCUGUCCUUGCACAGCAAGUUCAUCAAGGUUCACAACGAGGCCACUGGCAAGAGCUCUUGGUGGAUGCUGAACCCCGAUGGCGGCAAGGGUGGCAAGGCACCCCGCCGCAGGGCUGCCUCCAUGGAUAGCAGCAGCAAGCUGCUCCGGGGCCGCAGCAAAGGCCCUAAGAAGAAGCCAUCUGUCCUGCCAGCUCCACCGGAAGGUGCCACGCCAAGGAGCCCUCUGGGCCACUUUGCCAAGUGGUCAAGCAGCCCUUGUCCUCGAAAUCGAGAAGAAGCCGAUGUGUGGACCACUUUCCGUCCACGAAGCAGUUCAAAUGCUAGCACCGUCAGCACCCGGCUGUCGCCAAUGAGGCCGGAGUCUGAGGUGCUAGCAGAAGAGGAAAUGCCAGCCUCGGCCAGCAGCUAUGCAGGGGGGGUCCCUCCCACGCUCAGUGAAGAUCUAGAGCUACUGGAUGGGCUCAAUCUUGCAUCUCCCCAUUCCUUGCUCUCUAGGAGCGGUCUCUCCGGCUUCUCUUUGCAGCAUCCUGGGCUUGCUGGCCCCUUACAUAGCUAUGGUGCCUCCCUCUUUGGCCCAAUAGAUGGGUCUUUGUCAGCAGGAGAAGGGUGCUUCUCAAGUUCCCAGUCUCUAGAGGCUCUGCUCACCUCUGAUACACCACCACCUCCUGCUGAUGUUCUCAUGACCCAGGUAGAUCCUAUCCUGUCUCAGGCUCCUACACUUCUGUUACUGGGAGGAAUGCCUUCCUCUAGCAAGCUGGGCACAGGAGUCAGCCUGUGUCCUACGCCGCUAGAGGGUCCUGGUCCCAGCAACCUGGUUCCCAACCUUUCUGUGAUGGCACCACCUCCAGUCAUGGCAGGCGCUCCCAUCCCUAAGGUCCUGGGAACCCCUGUGCUCGCAUCUCCUACUGAAGAUUCCAGCCAUGACAGAAUGCCUCAGGAUCUGGAUCUCGAUAUGUAUAUGGAGAACCUGGAGUGCGACAUGGAUAACAUCAUCAGUGACCUCAUGGAUGGUGAGGGACUGGACUUCAACUUUGAGCCAGAUCCCUGAGUCACAGCAAGAAGCUUUGUCCCCUGCUUCGGAGGUGGAGGUGGAGCCGGGCCUGUCCUUAUCCACUUUUCCCCCUUGAGCCCUCCCCAGGAGUUUGGGACCCUACUUUAGAGCUAAGGAUUGGUAGCAACACACUCAAGUGUUGAGGAAAUUACUAAGAUAGAUCUAUGACAUGUAGGGAUUGUGGAGGAGGGUGAUAGGGGGAAGGAGGGAAAAGGGCUUUUUCUCACUGUGCCAAUUAGGGGGUAAUUAUGGUCCUUUCUCAGGGGCCACCAUUGAUUUCCCCAUUCCCACCUCCUAGGCCUGUAGCAGGGGCCAGCAAUGCUGUUGAAAUGUGAAGUCACCAGUGGCCUUAUUACCCUGCCUUUGGGAGCAGGAUUAUUAUUAUUAUUUUUUUUUUGGUAGAGAGUCUUACUAGAGCUGGGCCAGGCUGGAUUGAGCCUGGAUUUUUAUGCAGUGGGGUGGGUGGGUGGGGGGCCGGGGGACCUAAAAGGGCCAAGUUUUGAGCACUGGAGUGGCUCACCAGGCCAAAUCACUUUUGGAAGGAUGCAGAUAACAGACAGGCUUUUUAUAAACUUUUAAAGAAAUAUAAACACAAAUAUAGAGAUUUUUAACAGUGGUGAGGUGCUAGUGAUGGGGAGAAGGCUUUUUUUUCUUUCUGAAGGCUUUGUCAUAGUGACAUGAUACAAACACUACAGACUCUAUGGAGAGGAGACACAGGAAGCUAAGGAGAGGUGGUCAGCAAGAGUUUUAAGCAAAGAAACCUAAGUCAGGUCCCCACAUUCUGUGCACUUGUGCCUAGAAGAGCUGUUGUGGGGCAAGCACACUCUUAUUUGACCAGUGCAGGUUAGUGCUCCCAGAGAGAGCAUCCAAGUCCUGAAAUUGGCUUGGGGCCUGGGAGGGGCGUGAAAGAAGGAAGGAUUUAGGGUAGUAAAGUUAGGUACAGAGACCUCGCUGUUCAAGGCCUGGGACAGCUGUCCCUGCCCUUCUUCCCUGUUGUGGUCUGCCAGGGUUAUGUGGAAGGCUGUGUAGCAGCAAGCAGGGUUGUGAAGAGGAACAGGGAAGGGAGAGCUUGGCGAGUUUGGCUGAGGGUCUGGGAAAUGAGCAGGGAUGGGGGGAAUGGGGAUCAGGUUUACUAGCACCUGCCAGAGAGGCCAUCUGGGGCUCCUCCACCCCAGCCCCCAAGCAGCCCCUCCCCCAGCGCCUUUGCAUUGUCCCCUCCCCCACUCCUGCUGUGGGUUCCCAUCAUUUCCUGUGUCAGCGCCUGGCCUACCCAGAUUGUAUCAUGUGCUAGAUUGGAGUGGGGAAGUGUGUCAAAUCAAUAAAUGAGUUCAAUAAAUGUCUAUAAUCAGA